AUGGCGUACACAGCAUCAACACGACAUUUACCACGAGAAUCUAUCUACCCCACCCCACCUUCUAAUGAUUUUCUCAACGCUUUGGAAGAUUGCGUGUCUGCCACCGAACGAUGUUCCAAUACGUUGAAUGCGAGUUUGAAUAGGUUGCAAGUAGGUACGAGCGAUUUACCGAGGUUGACUAAAGUGAUGAAACAUAAGCAUCAUUUCCUAGUCCUUCCUGAACCGACCAUCCUAGCACACAAAUCAGCAUUAUCAUCCUCCCUCGCACCCCAGAUAGAUCAGCUAAUAGUGAAAGCUGAGAACAUGGUCGAACAUGAAAAAUCGAAAGUUUCGACUCUGGAGGAGAGAUUAAAUAUCCUUCAGUCUGCUCGAUCCCCUCGCAUCAACUCUCAACCUUCCAAUCCCAUUUCGUCACCCGUUUCUCUGGCUGAAGAAACAGGUAACAAGCAAGAUACAUCAUGCAAGAUAUCUGAUUUGAAUUUGAGGGAGUUGAGUAUACUGCAGAGGAAGAAGGUGAUGAUGCUGAAGCAGAAAAGGGAGAGGUUGGAGAAAGAGUUGGAAAGGUUGAAAGGAGCUACAUCGCAGUGA